AUGUCAUCUGAACACACCGCUUUCUCAGCCUCUGGAGAAGACGUUAUAACCCGCGUAAUCGACGUACAGACAGAGGAGGUCCCAUUUAACGAUGAACUCUUCGACGAAUUUUACGAGAUCACAAGAACGGCGGAAGAGAUCAUCAAAGGGGAUUAUAAACGCAUUGCUCUUCAAUUCCCAGAUGAGCUUUUGCACGACUCCGUGCCGAUUUUUCGACGUCUCAAGCCUAUUCUGGGAGCAGGGCGAGAUCUCUAUGUCCUAGCAGACACUUCAUACGGCAGCUGCUGUGUCGACGAGGUUGCUGCACAACAUGUUGACGCCGAUGCGAUGGUGCAUUACGGACAUGCGUGCUUGAGCCAGACCUCGCGUCUGCCAGUAAUCUAUAUCUUUGGAAGACAAGAUCUUGAUGUUGAUCUUUGCGUUGAACGACUUAUGGAGGCUUUUGAUUCGAGUAAUCGAGUGGAGGGGAGGCAAACAGUGUUGCUUCGGUAUGAUGUUUCCUAUGCACAUCUAGCAGGUGAGGUUCAGAGUCAGCUACGAAAAGCUCUGGAGCCACGACAAAUCCCGCUCCUUCACCACGAGAUUCCUGUCAAAGCAGCCCCAGUCUCAGGAUCACCUGCAAAAGCAGUUCCUGCAGAUGUUCCCCCGGAGCACACAACUGUGUUCUACAUUGGAAAAGAAAGUCUAGCCCUCACAAAUCUUCUUAUGACCAGUUCUUUGUCAGAUGUUUAUUCCUACAACCCCACUUCCCAAACAGCGCGACUAGAAUCAUCACGGACGAACAGGCUUCUCAUGCGCCGGUACGCCGUCGUACAAAAGGCGAGGGACGCCGAUAUCUUCGGGAUUCUCGUUGGUACACUCGGGGUCGCAUCAUACCUGCCUUUGAUAAAACAUCUACGCACUCUUCUCGCUAAGCAUCAAAAGAAGAGCUACACCAUUAGCGUUGGCAAACUUAACCCAGCGAAACUGGCCAAUUUCAUGGAGAUUGGAUGUUUUGUGCUUGUUGCAUGUCCGGAGAACAGUCUCGUCGAAGCGAAGGACUUCUUGCGACCAAUAGUGACUCCGUAUGAGUUGGAGGUUGCUCUUCAGGCUGAACAAAGUUGGACGGGACGAUAUGUUCUCGACUUUGAGAAACUACUCGCUGACUAUGUGCAACUGGAUGGUGUAGUCUCUGGGGCUGAGGAAGAUGAAUCUGAGGAUCCUGAUCAACCGGUGUUCUCCCUCAUUACUGGAAGUUAUCGUCAUCCAAAACGUUAUGGUGCAAAGCCCUCAAAUUUUGGCUCUGCAUCAGAAAACUCGGCCGCUGUUAUCCUGCGGAAUCAGGACAACUCCCUCACAAAACUUGCUGACAGUGCUGCCGGACAAUUUUUGCAACAACGCAGUUAUCAGGGUCUGGAGGUGCGGCUUGGGGAGGAUGCCCCUAGCAUUCUUGAGCAGGGAAGAAGCGGUAUAGCUAGAGGGUAUCAAGAUGAUCACCUACAACCUGAAUAA